AGUUGAUUGUUGAUCGUUCUAGAUUGAGCAUAAGCUAACAUGGGGAAAAAAGUAACUUGGAUCUGUUCAUUGCUGCUUCUUUUUGGCCUGUCAUCUGUUGCUUCAGAUGAGAUUCUGAAUUGCAGAAAAGAAAUAAACAUCGACAAAGCUGCAGAAUGUUUUGUUGAUGUGGCAGUCCGUGAAAAGGGAAAAUUACUUUCUGAACCAAGAGAUAGUGAAAUAUCAACUUUGACUUUUAUAAACAACAAAAAUACAAAAUAUUUGCCUGAUAACGUUACAACAACAUUUCCAAGCCUUCAGACGUUCAUAGCAUCUGAUUGUUCAAUUAAAGAAAUUCACAAAACUAAUUUUGUCGGGCUUUCAAAACUGAAAAACUUAUAUUUGUUUAGAAACCAACUUGCAAAUUUGGAAGGAAAAGUCUUUUCAGAUUUGAUUUCAUUAGAAAAUUUAGAACUGCAAAACAACGCGAUAGAUCAUAUUGAUAGAAAUGCCUUCCACGGACUAGGCAAGUUGAAAAUAUUGUAUUUAAAUUACAACAAAAUUAAUGAAUUGCACCCUGAAACGUUUGCAUCUUUGUCAUCGUUGGAAACACUUUAUUUGGAUAACAACGCGAUAAUUCAUAUUGAUAGGAAUACCAUCCGCGGGUUAGGCAAGUUAGAAAGAUUGAUUUUAGAAAACAACAAAUUGGAUAAAUUAGAAGAUGAAAUGUUUGCAUCUCUGUCAUCGUUGAAAAGACUUAUUUUG